AGUAUAAAGUGCAGGGAUCCUGUAUUCAAGUUAACAACAGUAUCUGAAGAGCUCUGCCCAUCAUGACCUUUCUGAUCAGCUCCGUUCUGGUUUUUCUCAGUCUGCUGGCUGUCCACCAGGCAGCUGCCCCAAAUUGUGAGGAUGUCAUAAAACCAUCAGUGCUGGAGGAUUCAGUCAUUGGAAAGUGGCUUUUAAUUGAAGGAAUAUCUAAUAAUCCUAAACUUACAAAUAUCUUAAAAAUGAUGAACAGCUCUUGGAUGGAGUUUUCUCCUGGUUUAUCUAAAGAUACACUCAUUCUCCACCGUGGGGGCAUGCUACAUGGAGAUUGUCAGAUUUCCUCCAUGAACAUAACUUUCAAAAACAGCACCUUUUAUUCUUCUGUAAAUAAUGUAACAAUAGUGAUCGAUUUACUGCAUUCCUGUUCUGACUGCAUGACCUUGAGCUUCCGGAGACAGAUGGAGAAUACAACAAUGAGGUCCCUUUUCCUCUUGACAAAGAGACCCAAAGCAUCCGAGUCAGAGAUGGAUCUGUACUGGAAGCAAGCCGAGUGUCUGGGGUUCAAAAGAGAACCACAGUUCUCCUACGAUGGUGUGACAGGUCACUGCCAUAUUGACGAGAAACAUUCAGCUGAAAGCCACACUAAACCGGAACCAGAGAAAAAAGAUGAAUAAAUUGUUCAUCACAAUUCUUCCAUUCUUGUUACCCAUUGAUGUAGCAGUAACCUUUUUGUUCUUUUUCUGUAAGCCUGUCAUUAAAGGUAAUUACAUUGUACAAAGCAA